GCAACAACUCAACUCAACCAUCCAACCGAUCAUGUGACCGUAACUUUUAAUCUACAGGCAACAGUCCUAUAUCACGUAGGGGACCAUCCGUCAACUGUUUAUGUUUAACUACGACCACGUUUAUUGGAAUCGACUAGAUCAGAGUAUACACUAUGACACUAGCCAGAAUAUGGACACAGAUUAUUGAGCACUAUUCAGAGCCACAAAGGCAUUAUCAUACUAUGAGGCAUGUUAAGGAGAUGCUACAAUACGUACACCCGUUUGAAAAUCGUCUACAACGGAAGCAUCUGAUCGUCCUAGCGACAAUAUUUCACGAUGUCAUUUACGAUCCACAGAAGCCAGACAACGAAGAUAAAAGUGCUGAGUUCUUUCAACAAUGUAUGGCCGAGCUUGAAGAAGAAAUAUGUGACCUGACGAACGACGGACAGCAAGCCGAGCAAGAGGUUUGGGACAAGUUCCAGGCAGCUAUUCAGCAUAUUGACCAGUGCAGAUCAGAGUUUGAUGCCAACGUUAAAAUGGUCGUUGAUUGGAUUCUGCAAACGAAAGGUCAUUUGACCGCUGUAACCACAACUCCCGACAUGUAUGGAGACGAUGACCUGCAUUUCUUCUUAGACAUGGAUUUGGGGAUCUUAGGAGCGGACCGGACAAGAUAUAUGGAGUACGCCGCAGAUAUAAGAAAAGAAUAUUGCCACGUGCCAGACGGUGUGUUUCAUCGCAGGCGGAUAGAGUUCUUGGAGCGUUUCUUGGAGCGAAAAAACGUUUACAACACACUUUACUUCCGUUCCUUGUACGAAGCUGCUGCUAGGAGCAACAUUGAUGCUGAAAUAAAACUACUUAAGCGGGAGACCAACACUGUUACAAAUACCGAGUAGAAAGAACUUUUUGAAAACACCGUUCAAGUGCUAAAGAUGAUCGCAACGAUGUGUGAACAAGUCGGUAAUAGCAUGCAAGUGAAAAUGACGAGUGAAGUAUGCUAUAGCAAUCGAACCACAUGCAUAUGCUUCGAGGCAGAAAAAGUGAAUAACAUAAAAUUAUUUGUUUGCCUCGAAUUUUUUAUAGUAAAGGAUAAAAUUAAGCGAUUCUGA